AUGAGUCUACUGGUGGAAUUCGACGAGUUCAAAGGGUUGUCGCAUGACCAAUUCAUGGAAGAACUCGACAAAAUCCUUCUAAUUUCAAUUAAUAAAUUGCGUGAUAACAUGGAUCUUCGUCGUCGUGUCAUGCUUUUUCCGACAUUCGAAAAAGUGAUUCAAUAUCGGAAAGUGGAAUUAUUGACACAGGAAGAGCAGGCCGACGAGACAUACUGA